GUUUACGGAAACGGCGGAAGAGAAGAGUGAUCUUUAACCCCAAGAUGUCAGCCUCCAGUUGUUGAAUUCAUGCCAUAUCGUCAAUAACAUCAUAACCUCAUAAAUAUUAGUCUUCAAAGUCCAAGUAUCGAAGACGGAAUUAGGAGACAAAAUUAAAUUGAUCAAAUACUGAAGUAGCCAAAUCAUCACUGCUUAUCGCAGUAGAAAAAAACAUCAAAUUUGAAGAGAGAAUAUUCCAUGUCGUUAGCAUCUGAACACACACUGACCCACUGUGACACAGGCACAGCAAAUGUGUGACACAGUGACACACUGACACUAUUAUAUCUACUCUAGUAGUAGUACUAGUAGUACUACUACCAGUACCACCGACUUUGAACUAUUCCAUACCAGUAACCAUUUUGGGCUGUGCAGCGAAUGCUGGCACAGUGUGCGUGUGGCCGCUUGGGUCACGAUACAAUAUCAUAAAUAUGCUGUGGCGAUAGAUGGUUGUAGUGACUUUAUAUCAAAAACACUGUCACUGAGUCAGCUUGUCGUGUUUGUAAACGCAUGGAUAUAAUUACGAGUAAAGUUGCCACGUCUGCUGACAGUGACAAUGUCACAAGCAUUCUUGAAGGCUGUCCGGCGGACUCGGCUGCUGCAGGAAGAGCGAAUGUGUGCGAAAGCUGCCCGGGUAGGGAACUAUGUUUGUCCCAAGGUUCGUUGGAUCCAGAUCAGCCUGCCAUUGACCUCCGCAUGAAUGCAAUCAAGCACAAAAUUCUCGUGGUGUCGGGAAAAGGAGGUGUUGGAAAGAGUUCUAUGGCUGCAGCCCUCAGCAAUGGAUUAUCAACAAAAGGAAAAAAGGUCGGCUUACUGGAUCUGGAUAUAUGUGGACCCAGCCAAGCUCAACUUAUGGGUGUGGAUGGUGAGGCAGUGAUGAACACAGAGUGGGGUUGGAAACCUGUGGUUUCGCCACACACAGGAGUCAAGGUCAUUUCGGUGGCUUCGCUAUUGGCCAGUGGCGAGGACUCGCUGGCUUUCCGAGGUCCACGAAAGACCGCGCUCAUAAAGAGAUUCGUGAAGGACGUCUUCUGGGGAAGGUUGGACUACCUCAUCAUCGAUACCCCACCGGGUACCAGCGAUGAGCAUCUUACCGUCGUGAAAAUCUUACAAAAUACAAAGCCAGAUGGCGCCAUCAUCGUCACAACUCCGCAGUCCGUCGCCCUGGCAACUGUGCGAAAAGAAAUAGAUUUCUGCAGUAAGAUGCGUGUGAACAUCAUCGGUAUUGUCGAGAACAUGAGUGCGUUUGCUUGUCCUUGCUGCGGGGAGGUAUCUGAAAUCUUCUCCUCUGGUGGAGGGGAACGACUGGCUGAGGAGUUUGGCCUCGCGUUUCUUGGCCGAAUUCCCAUCGACCCAAGCAUAGCAGAACACGGCGAGGAAGGCAGCAAUCUAGUAGCGGCGUCUGCUAACACUACCGGUUCACAAGCUCUGCUCAAAACCUGUGACAAUGUCAUUCGCAUCAUCGAGGGCUAGCUGAAGGGAAGCAACAGCAUCUCUACAAUAUGAUCAGAUUGAUCACUGUCAACACUCUUUAUACACAGGGAUCAAACAGAAUAUUAUUAUCUACCUUAAAUCGGGUUUAAAAAAUGCUCGGAUUUAUGCUUGUUGAUUAUAUGGGAUCCCCAUAUAAUACCAAUACUCUCUAGAGGGGAAAUAAAAUUAUGUCACUAACUAUAAAGUGCAAUGUAGUAGAGAUUCUUCGUGAAGUGGAAUAUAGUGGAAAUGUAUAGUAUAUAUAACGUAAAAUAAUUUUGUUGCAAAGAACAUAUUUUGUUACCCGACUUAAUUACCCUUGGGAAAAUAAAUGUAAUUUUUACCCGA